AUGGAUUUGGCCGACAUGGUCGAGCGGAGGGAAAAAUCUGAGAAAGAUUGGAAAGUCGUUGGAACUACACCAGCAGGCGGAAAAGGCACUCAUUACCUGACUGACGAUAAGGUUGUCGAGAAUAGAAUACUUCUACCGAUUGCACCUAAGUUCGCCGGAGGAGGCAUUAAAGACCUUCGCCUCAAAGUUGGCGAGACUAUCAAGUAUGAUGUAGCAAUCACUGGCGAACCUCUUCCUGAGGUAGCCUGGAUUGUCGACGGAAAAUCAUUGAAACCUGUUGGCAGAGUAAAAAUGAGUACAGAAAGAGGAAAGACGAAACUGAAGAUUGAAAACGCAGAACGAUGCGACUCUGGACAGUUCACUGUCAUUUUGAAAAACAUUAGUGGCAUGGCUGACAGUUCUGCAAGGGUUACUGUAGUGGGUCGACCAACUCCACCUAAAAGUGUGCACCACCACUCACAUCAUCAUCGAUCACUGUCAAGAAGUGAAUCGAUGCUUGCUCAGACUAUGAGAUCGAGAAUCUUUGAAAGACCUGGAAAUGGGAAAACAAAUUAGUU